AUGUCUAAACACCGCAAUGCUAGUCUCACCCCAUUUCAAACAGUUCCAAUAUUUUCACUGAAAUGUCAGCGGUUUCGCUUCGAGCAUCCUUUCACCUCCAUGAUUGCCGGAAUGACCGGGUCCGGAAAAACGGCCUGGGUUAGAUCGCUAUUGCAACAAGCUUCAGAGACCAUUUACCCUCCCCCGGAGAGGAUCGUUUGGUGUUAUUCACAAUGGCAGCCUGCGUAUGCACAGACGUUAGUCGCCAUGCCAAACAUUGAAUUCGUCAAGGGAAUUUCUAUUGUUUUGGAGCAGGAUUCCUAUUUUGAUGUGAACAAACGGAAUUUGAUCGUGUUUGAUGAUCAGAUGAUUGACGCCAGUAAAGACAAGCGAAUUGUGAACCUCUUUACUCGUGGUUCUCAUCAUCGCAAUCUGAGCGUGAUUUAUAUCGUGCAGAAUCUAUUUCAUCAGGGGAAAGGUAGCCGCAGCAUAAGCCUAAACAGCCAUUAUCUGGUGUUAUUCAAGAAUCCACGAGACAAAUUGCAAAUCCUGACUCUGGCGAAGCAAAUGUAUCCCGGGCAGACUGAUUUCUUCUUAAAUCAGUACGAAGAGGCUGUAAAAAGACCUUUUGGUUAUCUUCUGAUUGAUCUGAAAACUACUACCCAAGAUAAUUGUCGGUUGCGAACAAACGUCCUGCCCAGUGAAGAAGGCUUUAACCAAGCAGGGUUUCAAGAAAAUAUUCCUCAAGAGCUCCUAAAAUAUCUGAAGCAGCAAACUCUUUCGCCUGUCCCACUUCUUCCAGCUAUGCAAGAAAUACAGGGCAACAUGGAUGACGUGCUUUCUCGAAACGAUCUUCGGGACGAUAAAAAAGCUAAGCGAUACGUUCAGUUGCAAAACAGAUACCUGGCUUUUAAAGAACAAUUAAAUACAAGAACACGACCGGAAGAUAUAAUCAGUACUGUUUCAGGACACAAGAUUCUUCGACAGCAACGACAGCAUUCUCCACUCCCCUCAACCUCUUUAAUGUAA